AUGAAGAAGCAGUCCAGUGGUGACAGUGAGAACCAGACCACCUGGCUGAUCCUAGUGGGAUUUGGGGAUCUGCAAAGCCUGGGCUUCCUUCCCUUCACCCUCUUUCUAGCCAUCUAUGUGGUGACAGUCGGGGGUAAUACCCUCAUCCUGCUGGCUGUGGCCUCCAGUCGGACACUCCACACACCCAUGUACUUCUUCCUUUGCCACUUCUCCCUGCUGGAGAUUGGCUAUACCUCCAACAUCACGCCUCAGCUGUUACAGAGUUUCCUGGAAGGGAGAGACUUCAUCUCACUGGUUGACUGUCUUAUUCAGUUCUACAUGUUUGCCUCACUGGCUGCAGCUGAGUGCCUCCUGCUCUCUGCCAUGUCCUAUGACCGUUACUUGGCCAUUUGCCACCCCCUUCACUACCCUGUCCUCAUGAGCACCUGGUUUUGUAGCUGCCUUGCUGCUGGUUCUUGGCUCAGUGGCUUCUUCUUCUCUGCCUUCACUCUGGCCCUGGCAGCCCCCUUGUCCCUUUGUCCUGGCAUCAGACAAAUUGACCACUACUUUUGUGACUUCGCUCCAGUUGUAGGGUUAUUCUGUGGGGAUGUGGGAGUCAUGUGGGAAGCUGGAGUCAGCAUCUCAGGCUUCCUGACAGUGACCCCCUUCCUGCUGAUAGUGACAUCCUAUGCCUUCAUCUUGAGGGUUAUGCUGCAAAUACCUCCAGGCCCCAGGAGACAGAAAGCCUUCUCCACCUGCUCCUCCCACCUCAGUGUGGUUGGAGUGUUUUAUGGCACCCUCAUUGUGGUUUAUGUGGCUCCAACAGACCACAUGGCACCCUGGCUCCGAAAGGCCUUCACUAUCCUCUACACUGUAUUCACUCCCAUGGUCAACCCCAUCAUCUACAGUCUCAAGAACCAAGAGGUAAAGGGUGCUCUUCGUCAGCUCUGGGGACAGCUGAUCCUAGGGCAUGCCUUACUGAGGGGGACAGGACAGUUAUUUGCAUUUUCCUCAACUUCAGCUUAG